AUGGAGGACUAUGAUAUCAGGUCCGCUGCCAGCAUUUUAGCCUCGGUUAAGGAGCAAGAGGCUCGCUUUGAGCGGCUCACCCGGGCCCUUGAAGAGGAACGGCGCAAUGUCUCCCUGCAACUCGAACGCGCCAAUCAGCCCUCCGACCGAGUGAGCGCGUGCAACAUUGGCAAUGGCCAGCCCCUGGCAACCGCCUGGCAGCAGCUAGUCCUGCAGGAGCAAAGCCCCAGCAACCAGACUUCCAUAGCCAUGAUGCAGGAGCCCCAAGAAAUGGUCGAGGAGACUGUGACUGUAGAGGAAGACCCGGGCACCCCAACGUCUCACGUUUCGAUUGUGACCUCAGAAGAUGGGACCACAAGAAGGACUGAAACCAAGGUUACAAAAAUGGUGAAAACUGUCACAACGAGAACAGUGCGCCAGGUCCCUCUUGGUCCUGACGGCCUCCCUGUGAUGGAUGGCUCCUCUCCCAUGGGUAGUUACACCGACUCAAUAGACAGAAGACACAUGAAGAACGGGGAACGUUACGUAACACCACAAGCCUCUUCCACCUUGACACGAGCUUACAAUAACUACAAUGAUACUUAUCCCGAUGGCCACGAUGGCCAAUAUCGUCCCUUCAUGGGCCACGAUGGUUAUGGGGACCUCCCCGACAACUAUGGCAGCUUGUCCCGUGGUGUCAAUUAUCGUCCACGUUACGGCUAUGUCCCUGGGAACAGUUACCGGCCGGAGGAUGGUAGUUUUACCUUGCCAAGCAGAAGGGAUAACUAUGGCCCGCUUGCUCAACCUCAGGUGCCAACAGGCAGCAACGUGGACUUAAACCGCUCCCAGCCAGAACGAUUCCAACCAGAGCCGUAUGGGCUUGAGGAUGAUAAUCGCAGCCUUGGGGUUGAUGAUGAGGGGUACGAACUGGACCCAGAGUACUCGACAGUGAACCGAAGAACAUCUGCUGGGAUGCCUGAGAGAGGAAGGCCUCACAAGGGAAGAGGCUAUGAUGAUCCAAUUGAGACUGAGAUUGUCGACGAGAGGAUCCCAUACCUGCAUGGCAGUUACGCGGCACCAUUGGCACAGCCUGAGAGGGGGAGCAUGGCCAGCAUUGACCGCCUGGGCAAGCGCUCUCCUUCCAUCGACAGCAUCCGCAAAGAUCCCAGGUGGCGGGACCCUGACCUUCCUGAAGUUAUUGCUAUGCUUAGUCACCCAAUCGACCCAGUCAAGUCCAACGCAGCAGCGUACCUUCAGCACCUGUGCUAUGAGAAUGAUAAAAUUAAGAAGGACGUGAGGCAUCUCAAAGGGAUUCCAAUUCUGGUUGGCCUGCUAGAUCACCCAAAGCCGGAGGUGCACCGCAAAGCUUGUGGGGCUCUCAGAAAUAUCUCCUAUGGAAAAGAUAAUGAGAACAAGGUGGCAAUAAAGAACUGUGAUGGGAUCCCAGCUUUAAUCAGGUUACUGCGGAAGACAAACGACAUGGAAGUGCGGGAACUCAUUACAGGUACCCUUUGGAACCUGUCAUCCUAUGAACCCCUCAAAAUGGUUAUCAUUAACCACGGCCUUCAGACACUGACCAACGAAGUGAUUAUCCCCCAUUCUGGUUGGGAGAGUGAGCCAAAUGAAGACUCGAAGCCUCGAGACGCAGAGUGGACCACCGUCUUCAAGAACACGUCAGGAUGUUUGAGGAACGUCAGUUCGGAUGGAGCCGAAGCGCGCAGGCGGCUGCGGGAGUGCGAUGGCUUAGUGGAUGCCCUCCUCCACGCCCUGCAGUCUGCAGUUGGCAAGAAAGACACGGAUAACAAGUCAGUGGAGAAUUGUGUGUGCAUCAUGCGGAACCUCUCCUAUCACGUCCACAAAGAGGUACCAGGAGCGGACAAGUUUCAAGAACUAGAAGCAAACCAAUUGGGAAGUUUGGGAGGCACUCAGAAGAAGAAAAAAGACGAUGCUGGCUGCUUUGGAGGGAAGAAGGCGAAAGGAAAGAAGAAUGGCGAUGUGGAUAGGAACUUUGAUACACUGGAUUUACCAAAGAGGUCUGAAUCAGCAAAAGGCUUUGAAUUGCUCUACCAGCCAGAGGUGGUGAGGCUUUACCUCUCGAUUCUCACCGAAAGUCAAAAUUUCAACACUCUGGAAGCAGCAGCGGGUGCGUUGCAGAACCUCAGCGCUGGAAACUGGACCUGGUCCACAUACAUCCGGGCAACCGUGCGGAAAGAGAGAGGCUUGCCUGUCCUGGUGGAACUCCUUCAGUCAGAUUCAGACAAAGUGGUGAGGGCGGUGUCCAUUGCUCUGCGGAAUCUCUCCAUGGAUCGCCGCAAUAAAGAUCUCAUAGGUAGCUAUGCCAUGGGCGAACUGGUGCGAAAUUUGCCUAGCAGGCAGCAACGAUCUUCUAAAAACCUGGAAGAAGAUACAGUGGUGGCAGUUCUGAAUACCAUCCAUGAAAUCAUUACUGACAGUUCGGAAAAUGCCAGGUCCCUGAUCCAGACGCAAGGCAUCCAGAAGCUGGUUGCUAUCAGCAAAUCGAGCCAAUCUUCCCGCGAAACCAAGGCAGCCUCCCAUGUUCUUCAGAUGACCUGGAGUUACAAAGAACUACGGGGUGUUUUGCAGAAGGAGGGCUGGACCAAAUCCCAUUUCCAGACUGCAUCUGCCACUCCUAAAGGAUCCAAAGGCACUUCCUGCAAAUCUGGCUAUGAUGAUAGCACUCUCCCACUUGUGGAUAAAAGUCAAGAUAAUGAAAAGUCGGGAAGUCGGGACAUGAUUCCUAUGGAUGAACUUGGGCCAGAUGGCUACUCCACCAUCGAUCACCGGGAAAAGGAGCGGAAGUACAAAGCCAAUGACAACAUGGGGGACGCGUCAGAGAAAGAACCUCUAAAAAAUGACACAAAUAGGAAAACCAUUAACAGGAGUAACAGGGCUUCGGUGACUCUGGUGGAUGUCCGUGACCCUAAACCCCAGCCUGUUGACUCCUGGGUCUAAUUUGCAUGCAUGGGCUAAAGUCCAGCCGCUUGUUUUAUUAUAUUUUUUUCCUCGACUAAAAGAAGAAAUCAACACACAGGAUCUCAUUACUCAUCACUGCCAUUCAGAUUCGGAAGGCCUUGCAGUUUUUUUUUGCAUCAGUGGAACCAAACAGGCUAUAGAUUCCACGGGGUGUGCGCGGGGCAGGGAGACCUCCAUCGGUCAGUCCUUGAGCAGCCUUACAAGCAGGGCCAUUUGGGUUUUGGAGAACCAGUUACAUUCCCGUUCGACAGCCCCCUUCCCAUGGGAGAAAGCGGAGUCAGGAUCCACGCUUACAUCUAACAGAUUAGGUUCUUAGCUGACUCUUCUAUGUGGAUGGUGCCAAGUAGGAGGCGAAGGUCAUGAGAUGGAGAAGGAAAGCAAAAGACGAGCGAAAGAGAAACUGCAAAAAAAAUUCAAAAGUAUAUCUUAGGUAUAGUCAUGACUGAGAAAUAGCACUUUUUUCUUUCUUCAUUUCUUUUUGAACUGUGAAUUGUUUUUUGUUUUGUUUUUUAAAUAGUGAUUCUAAUUAUUUUUUGUGGCCUAAUAAUUGAGUUUUUAUUCUUUGGGAAGUGAGGAACUGUUGAGUUGUUUGUUGGGAUUUAUUGAAAGGAUUAAGAGAGUGGGGGGGAAAUCUUGGUUGAAUGGCUCAGCACGUGGUAGCCGAAACUGACGUGGGCUGUAUAAUCUGCUUUUGGAGUAAGCGAUCUCACACUGUGCUCUCUCUGUUAUCAUUACAAUUUGGUGUACAGUUCUGCCUUUUUGACUUCUGUAAUGGCUCUUGUUUUUUGUACUUCCAAACAUAUAAAUGGUUCAUCCAAGGUUUUUUGCUGUCCUCAUUCAGAAACCUUGGACAAAUCUGGAGCGCAUUGACGUUUCCUUGUUGCUGACAUUCAUAAUGUGUUAGAAGGGGACUUCCCCCCUCCCUUCUUCAUUUUCAGCAUGUCAGUGCUGGAUCAGUAGCAAUUGAACUUCCAAUGCUGGGGGAGGGGUAAGGUCUGUUCACAUAACGUUUGAGUGAAGUGGAAGCGGCCUUCUUUAAGGAGAUCUGUUUAGAAUUCAACUGUAUGCUUCAGAUUUUUUUUUAUGUGAAAAUAAUCGCCCACUGCUGGACUGCUUCUAUGAUUUUGGCUAAGAUAUUAACAAACUGUGCUUCAAAGGGAACUGUAACAUGUUUUUUUUCUUCAGGCCACACAUGUGUGGGUUCUUUAGUCUGUAAUCAGGAUUUCACAACUGCGAAACAAAGACAUCCCACUUACGGGCAAAGUUUUCUCGAAGGUCUCUUUCCUGUACGAGUCUUGGCGCAAGACUUUGGCCAUUGGUGGAUUUAACCAUAUUCCUUCUUUCCCCCAUACAAUAUACAGUGAUUCUUUGUGCUUUCGCCAUAUUAAUUUAGGGUUUGGUCUGGAGUAGACAGGAAAUGAAAGCAGGACUCUGAGUUUUUUAAAACCCAUUGAUAACAUCUGCCCCCCCCCCCCGCUCUCUGUUUCUCUUUCACUAAAAUUGGUUGGUUGCCACAGUCACUUAUGGCGUGUCUGGAAAGCACAUGUUUUUGAAUCCAGAAAAUUUAAUUUGGGUUUUUUUUUUCAGUGCCUGCUGUUUCCUUUGUAAUUUAAAAUGAUAAAGGGGGGGGGGGGAGAUAAAACAGAACAAAAAAUUACUGUAUUAGUUAAACAUCUAACUUUUUUGUAAAAAAAAUUUAAAAUCCUUUUUAAAAAAAGCAAGCAUCAAGAGCUUUGUAUCUUCUGGAGUAUAAAGAAAAUAAAAUUUGACAUGAAUUACAUAUAUAAAUAUAUAUCUAUA